GGUUACGAGAAGACCGAUGAUGUGUCAGAAAAGACUUCCCUGGCUGAUCAGGAAGAAAUGAGGACGAUUUUCAUUAACCAGCCUCAGUUUUUAAAGUACUGCAACAACCAUGUCAGCACUGCAAAAUACAAUCCUAUCACCUUCCUGCCAAGAUUCCUGUACUCUCAGUUCAGAAGAGCAGCCAACUCGUUUUUCUUGUUCAUUGCCUUGCUGCAGCAAAUUCCGGAUGUAUCUCCAACUGGUCGAUACACGACCCUGGUUCCACUGCUCUUCAUUUUAGCUGUAGCUGCAGUAAAGGAAAUCAUAGAAGAUGUUAAACGACACAAAGCUGACAAUUAUGUGAACAAGAAAAAAAACUCAAGUUCUAAGAAAUGGUGCCUGGGAGAUUGUGCACUGGGAAAAGGUAAAUGUUGGCGAUAUAGUUAAAAUAAAUGGCACAGAGUAUAUACCCGCUGACACUAUUCUGCUCUCAUCAAGUGAGCCUCAAGCUAUGUGCUACAUUGAA